AUGGACAAACAACAACAACAAUAUUACACAACAACAGAAGACUUCACUGCCUCCAAUUCAGAACAAUUAACAAUUUUGUCUGGUCAACGUGUUGAAAUUUUAAAUAAUUGUGAUAUUGGAGAGGACAAUAACAACAAUAAUGAAUUUGUAAAAAUUGCUGUUUUGGACAAAGUAGGGCAGAGAGAAAAUGAAGGAAUGGUUCCUAAACGGAUAUUGAUGCCUUUAGAAAGUCCUGACCAACCAACACCUUCCACUUCACAUGCUCAUGACGAAACUGCUUCUACGCCAAAUAGCAGCAACAAUAAACGUACAUCUAUUCGUCGUUUCUUCACUUCCUCCAGUCAAAAAGGCGAAUCAAAGUGCCGUUCUUCUCCUUCCACAACAGUAAUAGUAAGGCCUAAAUCAGCUACAUCAACAUCAACAAAUUCUGAUUUUACAACAACAACAAAUUGUAAUAAUAAUAAAAUACUUUCUCCAUCAACAAAAAUAAAUAAAAAUCAACAAGAAGGGUCUUCUUCAAACAACGAUUUAUUAGAUUUACCGCCUCCAAUGGAUCAAAUUGGUGGAAGUAGUGGUGGAGGAGUAGAAAAUGGUGGUGAACAUGACAAUGAGUUGACUGAAAAUAACAUAACAGAAGCAACUACAGAAGAGACAACCAAUACAGCUCCAUCACCCCCACAAAUGACCCCGGAAGAGAGUUCUAGAUUGAAAAGAAGUUAUGUACUUCAAGAACUUGUAGAAACAGAACGUGCUUAUGUAGUUGAUUUAGCUUCCAUAGUUGAUGGGUAUAUUGGAACACUUAAAGAGAUGGAAUUGAGUGAUGAGGAUCGAGAAAAAGUUAAAAUAAUAUUUGCAAAUAUUGAACAAAUAUUGGACUUUCAUAAAUCUGUCUUUUGUAAAGAAAUUGAAAAAAGUUUACAAGAUUAUGAAGCAGCAGGAAAUGCUUUUAUUAAAUAUGAGAGGAGAUUGCACACAUUUUACGUUAAAUAUUGUCAAAAUAAACCAAAAUCUGAUUUUUUGGUCAGUCAAGACAAUUUUGAACAAUUACUGUUUGAUGUAAAAGACAGGCUUGGACAUAAAGUGUCUAUUAAUGAUUUGCUUAUUAAACCUGUCCAGCGGAUUACAAAAUACCAAUUAAUGCUCAGUGAUAUUUUAAAAUACACACAUCGUGCUAAUGACCGUGCAGAAGUGUUAGAACGUGCUCAUGAUGUUAUGAGGGUUGUGCCUAAAGCGUGUGAUGAUAUGAUGCAAGUGGGACGAUUGCAAGGCUUUCAAGGCAAUUUAACAGCUCAGGGGCGUUUAAUUUUUCAGGGCACUCUAAUAAUUUCUGAUGGAAAUAUAAACCAACCCUUCAAAGGAAAAGAGCGUCGAGUAUUUUUAUUUGAACAGUCUGUAAUUAUUGCUGAAUGUAUACCUCCUAGAAAAGAAUAUGGAAAUCCUCUGUAUAAUUUUAAAAAUCAAAUAAUGGUAAAUAAAAUGGUAUUAGAAGAAAAUGUUGUUGAUGAACCCUUACGUUUUGUUUUACAAAGUAACGACCCUAAUCAACCAGCUACUUUUGUGGCGCAGUCAGCUACUAGUGAAGAUAAGGAACAAUGGCUAAUUAAAUUGUCUACACAAUUAGACCAGCAAAAGACAUUCCUGGCUGCAUUAGUUGAUCCAAAGCGUUACUUGGCCAAUUCAAUGGGUUCAAUGAAUAUAAGCGGCAAAAAAGACAGUAGUGGCAGUUUGGGUACCCCAACAUCUCCAGGCAUUACUCCUGGAAAUAUUACAAUACCAACUAGUGGAAGUGGGAGUACAACAAGUAGUGGUGCAAUCUCUCCAACAAAGCCUAGAGCUACACAACAAAAAUCUUCUGGGUCUAAACUUUUUGGAUUUGGUUAG